AUGGGAAGGGACAAAACAAAAUCUCGAGCAAAAGGAAAAGGGAAAGCGACUUCUUCAAAUUCUUCAGUCGGAACCGAGCGGUCAGCCAGAUCGGAAGAAAUGAUGACCCAAAUGGCACAAUUGAAUUCAACUAUGGAGAGGCAUAUGGUUGAAACCAUCCGAUUCACCGAGUAUAUGUUGUUAAUGCAAGAUGUGAGGCAUCUCGACCCCGAAGAUCAAGAAGAGGCAAGAAUUAUGAAAGCAUCGAUUCGGGAAAAAUAUAAUCUGAAACGCAACUGA